AAGAGAUCGAACUCGCACAAUUGAAUUGAAUUACAGUCACGUAAAAGAAGCAAGCAAUAGUUAUACUCAGUAAAUUCUUUCAUUAUCAAAAUUCCUUCACAAAGUGUGAGCUCAAAAGCAACGCAUGUGACUUAGCCAUUUCUUUUCAUGUGAACUCUUUCACAUCUCAUACCAUAUUGCCUGUGAUUUGCUUCAAUUCUCUCUUUUUUCUUCUACCCCUUUAUAUAUACUUUACUAUCUCUCUCCCCAUAUAUAUUUCCUCCAACGAGGUUUUCUCGACUACUUAAAGAUUCAUUCUCGUACAAAAAGAAAGAAAGAAAGAAAGAAAUCUAAGAAGAGAGAUGAUGAAGGGUCUUGCUUGCAGAUCAAGAUUUGUGGUCGUCGUUUUUCUGAUCUUACUUCCGAUGCUCAUGCAUGCAAGGAACCUCGGCAGUUUACAUCCACGUCAUGGCCAUUACCACCAACCAAAGUAUACGAGAAAGGAUUCUACGGUAAAACCCGGAUUCUAUCGGGUCGGUACGAAGCCAUUGUUGCACAAACGGGUCGAACCGAUGCUGGUAGCAGGGUCAAGCUUACCGGAUUGUACACACGCAUGUGGAUCUUGUACACCAUGCAGAUUGGUGAUGGUUAGCUUUGUUUGCUCAUCAAUUGAAGAGGCUGAGACUUGCCCUAUGGCUUACAAAUGCAUGUGCAAAAACAAGUCUUAUCCAGUUCCAUGAUUCCUUAAUUAGCUUUCGAUUUAUCGACUUCAAUUUAAUUUUACACUACCUAGAUAAUGUUACAUUUAUUUUAUCUUCUCUGUCACGUAUAUAAAUCCACCUUUUGAAAUUUCUGGUUGGAUUGAAUUUUCUGCUUUAGUUAGUUGGUUAGCCAUUGCUUCUUUUCAUUGAUAAUGGAGCAAACUAAAGAGCUUCUAGCUAGAUCAAGCAUUUUUUUACCAUAGGUCUUUUAACAAAGAAAUGUUUUAUUUGUUUCAAUUUGAUUUUUCCUUACUAAUACUGUUAUUUUAAGCAACAUGUGUUUAGUUUUUAAAUUAUUUUUAGGUGAAA